GAUGUUAAAUUAGGUUUUAUUAUCAAGAGAGGACAGUUGGAAGUUGAUAUUUAUUGUGCCAGAAAACUCCAGAGUUCUUCUCAAGUAUCCCUUGAAACCUAUGUUAAAACAUACUUGGUAGAAGGUAAAAAGAUCAUUCAGAAAAAGAAGACGUCGUUAAUCAAAGGUACCAAAGAUCCUCAAUAUCGCAGUAAAAUCAAAUAUUCAGCAGCUAAUGUCCAUGGUCGACAUAUGAGGAUAACAAUAUGGGAGAAAUGUAAAGGAUUUGAAAAGAAGAUAUGUAUUGGUGAAGCGGUAGUGAAAUUGGACAAUUUAGACCUAUCACAGCAUAACAUGGCGUGGUACAAACUUUACAGACAAAAUGCUACCAAUUUGGGAUCAAAUGAUUCUUUACAUUGGUGA